AUGGAGAUCAGUUCUUGGCCAGAAAACCUAACCACCAUUCAGAAAAAGGUAAAUGAUGAGCUUAUGGAAGGCCGAGAACUCGCAAAACAGCUUCAAAGUGCUCUUGCUAGCUCUGGUGGCUCAAGAUCUGGUGAAGAUCUAUUGAUGAAGAUAGUGAAAUCAUUCUCCACCACCCUUUCUAUAUUGAACGUGAAAGAGUCUGAUUCAGACUUCGUCAUCUCUCAAAUCCAACCUGAUUUAACAUGUUUGGAUGCUCGGAAAUCUCAAGAUCAUUCUCGACAAAGUUUUUGGAGGAGUACUACUACUCCUCCCACAAAAAAGCUGGAUCGAAGGGGCUGUUAUGAUCGAAGUUGCAGAAGAACCGGUAUCUCAUCGAUAAGAGACACUCCAACUCCCUUUGAUGAUGGUCAACAAUGGAGGAAGUAUGGACAAAAAGUGAUUCGCAACGCCAAAUACCUCAGGCACUACUUCAGGUGCCCUUACAAGUAUGAUCAAGGCUGCAAAGCUACCAAACAAAUUCAGAGAACUCAAGAGAAUCCUCCACUAUACAGGACAACAUAUACUGGGCAUCACACAUGCAGGAACCUCCACCAAGAUCCUGAAUUGAUAUUGUUGGAUUAUUCUGCUAGUCCUAGCGAAAAUUCCAUAUUCAUCAACUUUGAAAAUACAAACCUCGCAAUAAAACAAGACCCUUUUCCCUUUUUAUCAUCUUUCUCUUCAACCAUACAGGAAUUCAAAGAGGAUCAGAUGACAAAAUGUGAUGACAAACAGCAAAAUCAACCAGCUUCGUCUGAUAAUUAUUUCACGUUGCCUGAUCUGGCAUCGUCAUGUCCAUCGCCUGGGAGCUUGGAAUUGUUGUCAUCAAAUCUGAAGUUUGAUGUUGGUGAUCAUGUAAUAUUACAUGGAACGAUGGAUUCUGACGACUUCUAUCUUGAUAUUUUCCAGUGA